CAAUCAUCGCCGUCAUCAUCAUAAUGAAAGAAGCCCCACCUCUUGAUUUCUCCGUAAACCCGAGUCUUCUGCUUGGAGUCCAAGUCAACUGCAAAGUCGGAAAAUUCACAGAACAACCUCAUCAGACUUGAAUGUUAACCACACCACCGUUUCAGAAGAUGAACAAUAUUUUCACACAUCUAUUAGCUCUUUCCGGCCUUUUAGCUCUACUUGUGCUGUACUCUUUAUGGAGAAAAAGUCCACAAAAUCCCAAGGUAAAUUCAGCGCCGGAGCCAUCAGGUGCUUGGCCUGUCAUAGGCCACCUUCACUUACUAGGAGGCAGAGUCCCAGUGUACAGAACUUUAGGAGGUUUGGCUGAUAGAUAUGGGCCCGUCUUUACCGUUCGUCUAGGAGUACACACAGCACUGGUGGUGAGCAGCUGGGAAGCUGUCAAAGACUGCUUCACGACCAAUGACAAAAUCUUGAACAAAAGGCCAGCUUCUAGUGCCGGUAAGUACCUUGGCUAUGACUAUGCUGCCUUUGGCUUCUCGCACGGCACGUACUGGCGUCAGAUGAGGAAGCUUGUGCUGCUGGAAGUGCUCUCAGCCCGGAGACUGGAGAGCUUGAAGAAUGUUUGGGAAUCUGAAAUCCACACCAGCAUCAACGAAUUGUACAAGAAGCAUUCAGGCAAGGUGGUGGUGAUCAGCGAGUGGAUUGAACGGUUAACUUUGAACACUAUCGUGAUGAUGAUAGCUGGAAAAAGAUACACGGAUAGCACGCAAGGUGAUGAAACGGUGGAGGCUCGAUCUUUCAGGGAACUCAUUAAGGAGUUUAUGUACAUAUCAGGACAGUUUGUUGCAUCUGAUGCAAUUCCAUUUCCACCAUUGAGAUGGAUGGAUUUUCAGGGGCAUAUCAAAUCCAUGAAGAGGAUCUCAAAGGAAUUGAGCACGGUUUUUGAAAGAUGGAUCACUGAACAUGUCAGAAGUGACUGUAAGAGUAGGUUGGGUAACGAGCAAGACUUCAUAGACGUGAUGCUUUCAACAAUUGAUGAGAAGUUCACGAGCUUUGGACACACGCGUGAAACUAUAAUCAAGGCAACAGCAUUGAACCUCAUCUUGGCAGGCUCCGACACCACAUCAAUCCACUUGACAUGGCUCUUAUCCCUACUACUGAACAACAGACAAGUUAUGCAACAAGCCCAGGAAGAGAUUGACAUGAAAGUAGGCAAAGAGAGGUGGGUACAGGAAUCUGACAUCAAGAACUUAGUCUAUCUCCAGGCCGUCGUCAAAGAGACAUUGCGCUUAUUCCCGCCAGGGCCUCUAUCAGUACCACAUGAAGCCAUGGAAGACUGUUGUGUGGCUGGCUAUCACGUUCCUAAAGGCACCCGUUUGUUAGUCAAUGUGUGGAAGUUGCAUCGAGAUCCCAGAAUUUGGGCAGAACCGGAUAACUUUGUGCCUGAGAGGUUCUUGACAAGCCAUGUGGCGGUGGAUUUCACAGGCCAAAAUCAUGAGUUCGUUCCUUUUGGUUCCGGCAGAAGAUCUUGCCCGGGGAUCACAUUUGCGAUGCAAGUUACACAUCUAACACUCGCUCGUUUGCUCCAGGGAUUUGAUUUGGCAACACCAUCGAACGGGCCUGUGGACAUGACGGAAGGCCUAAGUAUUACCCUGCCUAAGGCAACCCCACUGGAGGUAGUUAUUACACCACGCCUGUCUGACGGGUUGUACCAACACCGUGGGUGACACUUGAAGGGUUUGGGAGCCUGUUGAUUCUGAGAAAUCCCCACCAUACAUUAGGUGUGAACCCACUUAAUGGAUGAUGGUGAUACCUCGGGAUCAAUGGCUCCUCGAACCAACAAGUAUUUAUGCAAAACUAGGUAUUAUGUGUACUACGUUUGGCUUGAGCAAGUAUAUGUAGCUAGGAUCAUUACAUCAUAGUCCAAAGGGUAAAUUCGAUAUUCGCC